CUUAUUUUGGGCCAAUCCAGCUGUAGAACAUGCCUUAUAAAAAUGCAGCAUUAAGCCCAUUUAAGCAUUAAGCCAGAGAAUAUCCAACCAAAGGGCAGAGCUGAAGUAUCUGAUACAAGGUUUGAGCGCAACCAAGAAGUGAAAAAUGUUCCUCCAGGUUUACCUCAUCUCCAUUGCUGUCACUGCUGUUAGCAGUCAGACAAUACUGAAUUGUGCAGGCUUCCUCAGAUUACCAGACUACAAUGACAUCUCUGUUGAAUGUGGCACGUACAACAUUAGUCUAGCCAUUCAGAUCUGCCCUGCUAUCUAUGCCGGCUACAACGAGUUGUCACUUUUUGUCAAUGGCAUUACUAAUGACCCAAACUGCAAAGGCACUGUGGAUAAUACCGUCGUUCCUCCUGUGCUACGCUUCAACUUUCCCAUUGGUACAAGCAACAGCUGUGGAAGCAACCUCAAUACCACUAGCGCUCCAGGCACCGGAAUAUUCUCAGACUUUUCCAACAUUCAGUCACUAAACAUCAGUGGCCUGGUGCGAUCAAUUGACACCUCAGUGAGUGUGGUAACCUACAACACUGACCUGAAGUACUUUUACUCUUGUACCUAUCCUCUGGAGUACCUGAUCAACAACACACGACUUGAUGUGUCAUCUUCUGUCAUUGCAGUGAAAGACAGAAAUGGCACCUUCAUCAGCACACUCAGCCUCAGGCUGUACAGCGAUGCAAACUACACCACACCUCUUGUAAUUCCCACUCAGGGGAUUCAACUAAAGUCAGAUGUGUAUGUUCAGGUCCAAGCCACCAACCUCACUAUUCAGUACUACGUUCUGCUGGACAGGUGCUAUGCUUCUGUGUCCCCUUACCCAUCCGGUUCUACCUUCUUUAAUCUAUUUGUUGGGUGUGUCAGGGAUCAGAUGACCAACAUCACUGAGAACGGUGUGAGUAAGACUGCUCGCUUUUCCUUCCCGGCCUUCCGAUUUACAGAGCAACAAAACCAAACUAUCUCCAGCUACUACCUGCACUGCAUCACACGGCUGUGUGAGAGCUCUGCCUGCGCUACCUUUAGGACAUGUUCUGCAGGCAGAAGGAAAAGAGAGGUGCUGCCUACCGUUUUACCUGAAGAAGGAAUCACAGACUCCACUACUCUCACCUCACCCCUCAUCAUUACCAGAUCUGACAUCAGCACAGCUUCAGGAACAAAAGAGCAAGCUGUUUCAACCAGUAAGGCUGCUUCAGACUCCUCUGUAGGCCUGGGUGUGGCAGUGGGCAUACUGGCGUUUGCCUGUGUUGGAAUUAUUGUUAUAGGUGCUAUAUUCUACAAGAAGCUCAUUAUUUCUGGCGCCUCCAAAAUCCUUCGUUAAAUGGACUGAAGUGACCAUCCUCCAGAAUGAUAAGUGUAGCUUCUGUUAUUCAUACUCACACUUACAUGGGCAAAAAUGUCUUUGGUUUCUAUAAUAUGACUUUCAUUCAUUUUUUUGAGAUUUUGAGAAAAGAAGAAUAAGUCUGCACAAUGGAUGUAAUGUGGCAUAACACUAAGUUAGAAGUCAUUGCAAGUUAUACAAAUUGUGUUAUUUAUUGAAACAAAUCCAUUUUCAAAAAAGUAUGGACCAUACCUAAUAUAAAACAGCACAUUAUAACACUCACAUAUAAUUGUAAAUCAAAGCUAUGUGAGGGGAUUUUUUUUAUUUUUUCCAAAAAGAAUUAUUUUUUCUGGCUUAUUAUAUAAAAUACACAUGCACAUUGUAAAGGAUCUUUAUUAUGUUUCUAAUUAUACAUUGUUGUCUUAAUUGUUAAUGUAUAUAUGUGAUUCAUUAAUUGAUGCAUGCAACAUGAAUAAAGAUGAUCUAAAGCAA